AUGCAGUGCAGUUGUGCAACACACAAACAGAAACGCAAGUCGGGCGGCGCAGCCCACCGUCCCCUCUCAGUCUCUCUCAUGAGAAUCCCACCUCUUGUCUGCGGAAAACACGACCAUUUCCUGCGUAACUCCACUUUCAGCUUUGAGAGCUGCAGAGCCAGAGAAAGCCACAUUCUCUCAUUCCUCUCUCUCUGCAAAUCUCCACCCCAAUUAAUCCAAACCCACGCUUACAUCAUCAAAACGGGCUUUGAGCAGCACCCCUUUGUUGCCGCCAAACUCCUCGAAGCGACUGGAAUUUUAGGUGACACCAACCAUGCGUCCCUUAUUUUUAACAAUCUAAAGCAACCCAACGUCAUACUUUGGAAUAUCCUCAUCAAGUUACUUUCUCACUCUAGCAGGUUCCAAGCAAUAUCUUACUUCAUUGCAAUGCGCAGAAAAGGUUUCAAGCCAGAUAGUUACACAUAUACCUCGUGUGUUCAGGCAUGUUCACGCUUUGAAGAGCUUAAUUUGGGCAAAUCUCUUCAUGGGCAGGCCUUAAAAUCAGAGGAAAUCAAGCUUGAUUUGGUUUUGCAAACUGCUUUGUUGGAUAUGUAUGCAACUUGUCGUCAGCUGGAUAGUGCAAGGCAAGUCUUUGAUGAAAUGGUAGAGAGAGAUUUAGUUUCUCAAACUGCAUUGAUUAGCGGAUAUGCGAAGUGGGGCAUGAUGAAUGAGGCUAAGCAGUUGUUUGAUGAGAUGCCUGAAAGAAACGUGGUUUCUUGGACCACCAUGAUAGGUGGGUACUCUCAAAGCAAAAGGCCAAAUGAAGCUCUUCGAUUGUUUCAAGAGAUGAAAUCAGUAGGGGUUCAGCCUAAUGAAUACACGAUGGUUUGUGUGCUUUCGGCUUGCGCAAGCUUAGGAACGAUCGAUAUCGGAAAGGAUGUACACAAUGGCUUGAGGAGAGCUGGAAUUCAACUGAACGCAUAUGUGGGUACUGCACUGAUAGACAUGUAUGCUAAAUGUGGGUGCAUUGAGAGUGCAAUUAGGGUCUUUAAUGGCUUGCCCAAAGAAUUUGUCUUCAUUUGGAAUGCGCUGAUCUCAGGGUUAGCCAUACAUGGGCUUGGAGAGGAUGCUCUAAUGGCCUUUGGUGAUAUGAAAAGGGCCAAGGUCUUGCCUGAUGAGAUCACAUUUGUAGGGGUACUAUGUGCAUGUAGCCAUUCAGGAUUAGUUGACGAAGGCCUAUUGUGUUUUGAUAUCAUGGUUAAUGAGUAUGGGGUCGAGCCGCAAAUUGAGCAUUAUGGUUGCAUAAUUGACCUUCUUGGUAGGGCAGGUAGGCUCAAUGAGGCAAUGGAGAUGAUAGAAAAGAUGAGUGUUUCACCAAAUGCUAUUAUUUGGAGAGCAAUGCUGAGUUCUUGUAGGGUCCAUGGAGAUCUAACUCUAGGUAAGCUUUCGCUUGAGAGAUUGCUUGAGCUAGAGCCUGAAUGUAGUGGGAAUUAUGUGCUCUUAUCAAAUAUCUAUGCUCGGAUAGGGCGGUGGGAAGAUGUAGAUGAGGUAAGGAAGAUGAUGAGUGAGAGGGGUGUCAGGAAAUUGCCAGGAUGGAGCUCGAUUGAGUGUGAACAUGUUGUUCAUGAGUUUGUAGCUGGCGAUAGGUCACACACCAUGUCUGAGGAAAUCUAUGUGAAGUUGAUCGAGAUCUCUAAAAAAUUGAAGUUAGAAGGGCACUUGGCAAAUACCAUGACAGUGUUGCAUGACAUUGAAGAAGAAGAAAAGGAAAGCUCUCUUGAUUAUCAUAGUGAGAGGCUAGCCAUUGCUUUUGGGCUCUUGAAGCUUGGCCUUGAUGAGCCUAUAAGGGUGGUGAAGAACCUUCGUGUGUGUGCAGAUUGUCAUGAAUGGACAAAGCUUAUAUCCAAAAUCUAUCACAAAGAUAUUUUAGUUAGGGAUCGUGUUCGGUUUCACCAUUUCAACGAUGGUUUUUGUUCAUGUAAGGACUAUUGGUGA